CCCGGAACUAAAACCACGCGCUCCUCACUACCUCUCCAUAGGCCUUUGCAUUUGUUAUAGCGGGCCGGCAGCUAGCUAUUGUGCUAAUCCAGCCACCGCAGCGUUAGAAAGAUUUUCACACUUAAAGGCCAAGUUUUAGCCACUUUGGUACAUUAAGCCAAUAACUAUUCCGGGGUCGAUCCGAUUGAGCCCCACGAUGUCCUUCCCCCCACAUUUAAACCGGCCACUGUUGCCCCCUCCCGGGAUACCCCCUCAGUAUGCUGGCUUCCCUGCAGGACCGCCGAUGAUCCCAGUUCACAUGGGCAUCAUGACCCCCAACCCCGUAAUUGUGUCGUCUCUACCUGUGGUCAGUAAACCUCCAGUCCAUCGGAAGGACGUUUUUCUCCGAGCCAAAGAUGACGAGGCCGGCCCCACCACCACAGUGUUUGUGGGCAACAUAUCUGAAAAAGCCUCAGACAUGCUGAUCCGACAGCUGCUAGCGAAGUGUGGAAUAGUCCUGAGCUGGAAAAGAGUUCAGGGAGCAUCAGGCAAGCUACAAGCAUUCGGGUUUUGUGAGUACAAAGAACCAGAUUCCACACUACGAGCCCUGCGGCUUCUUCAUGACCUCCCAAUUGGUGACAAAAACCUUCUUGUGAGAGUGGAUCCCAAAACUGAAGCACAGCUAGAUGAGUGGAAGGCCAAGAAGAAGAGUACUAAUGGGAAAGUGGAGUCAGGCAAUGGAGAUGAUCAAGAGGAGGUUCUGGAUGCGGACACACAGAAGAAGGAUCAGGUCGUCAAAGGUUCUAUUGAUGGAUUAAUGCGGGAAUAUGCUGAUGAGCUCAGCGCGCCUUCCCAGGAUGAAGAUGCCCUGCGCCGAAAGAGAAAAAAGGAUAAAAAGGAUGAGGAUGACUUGAAUACAAUCGAUAUGGAGGAUGACAAGAGAGACCUGAUUACCAGAGAGAUUAGUAAAUUUCGAGACACUCACAAGAAAAGGGAGGAGGAGAAGGACAAGCGGGAGAAGGAGCGUCUGGAAUUUGAGCGAGAGAAACGCGAGCGAGAAAAGGAGCGCGAGCGCGAAAGAGAGCGGCGGGACCGUGAGAAAGAGAAGGAGCGCGAGAGGGAACGGGAGCGGGAACGAGAGCGAGAGCGGGACCGAGACAAAGACCGCGAGCGCAGGACCAGAGAACGCGAGCGUGACUGGGAGAGGGACAGAAGCCGAGACAAAAGUGCUGCUCGCAGCCACUCAAGGGAGAAGAGCCGGGAUCAAGAGCGAGAAAAGAAACGAGACCAAGGCGAUGAAGAGGAGGUGCAUGAACGCAGGAGGCUGGAGCGGAAGCUCCGAGACAAAGAAGCAGCCUAUCAGGAGCGCCUGAAAAACUGGGAGCUCAGGGAGAGGAAGAAAGCACGGGACUACGCCAAAGAUGUCGAGAGGGAAGAUGCGCGCCGACGAGAGAUGAUGAAGGAAGGCAAACGGCUAAAAGAGUUCCUGGAAGACUACGAUGAUGACAGGGAUGACCCCAAAUAUUACAGGGGCAGUGCACUGCAGAAGCGCCUCAGAGACAGAGAGAAGGAGGUGGAGGCGGAUGAGCGUGACAGGAAGAGAGAGAAGGAGGAGCUGGAGAAAAUCAGACAGCGGCUGCUAGACGAGGGACAUCCAGACCCAGACGCAGAGCUACGCAGGAUGGAGGAGGAAGAGGAGGAGCGACUGAGACGCCCCCCUGUCGUCCGAGAGCCGGAACCCGAGGAGCCGCGGGAACAGCGCCACAGGGCGUCACGGGACCACAGAGGGGACCACCGGGACCACAGAGAAAACCACAGCGGGCACCAAGACAGACCGGACCAUCGUCCGCUCCCCGCCCGCUCGGAGGACGAGGACGUGGAGGAGGGCGAAGAUGAUGGUUAUGACGAGGAAGACAACCCUGAAGUCAAACCCUGCCUCAAGCCCACCAUGAGGCCCAUCACGGCGGCGCCAUCCGUGUCGUCGGCCAGCGGCAACGCGUCUCCCGACACGCCCGGCAACGAGUCGCCAUGCGGCAUCAUCAUCCCGCACGAGAACUCGCCCCCCGACGCGCUGCCUCCGGACGAGAACAGACCCAAGAUUGGCCUCAGCCUCAAACUGGGUACAACCGGCAGUCCCAGCCAGCCCAACGCAGGCAAGAGGAAGAAGCUGCCCGUCGACAGCGUCUUCGGCAAGUUCGACGAGGAGGAGGCGGACGAGCAGCCACGCAAGAGGAAACUGGUGCCUCUGGACUACGACGAUGACAAGAGCUUGGGAGUGGACGGCGCCAAGGGGCCAAACUCGGAGGAGAAGCGCAAACACAUCAAGAGCCUCAUCGAAAAGAUUCCCACGGCCAAGCCCGACCUGUUCUCCUACCCUCUGGAUUGGUCCAUGGUGGACACGACAUUAAUGGAACGACGUGUGCGGCCGUGGAUCAAUAAAAAGAUUAUCGAGUACAUUGGCGAGGAGGAGCCCACAUUAGUGGACUUUGUCUGCUCCAAGGUGAUGGCUCACGGAACCCCACAGGGCAUCUUGGAUGAUGUCGCUAUGGUUCUUGAUGAAGAGGCUGAAGUCUUCAUUGUGAAGAUGUGGAGGUUACUUAUCUAUGAGACAGAAGCCAAGAAGAUUGGCCUGGUAAAAUAGGUGCAAAUAAAGAUUACUUUUCUUUCUUCUAAUGUACAAUAGAUUUAGGAGAGUUCUGUCAUCACCCUUAUACAUAGUAUCUUGUCCUUAAAUCUGCUGCUCACCAUCUCUGUUGUAAAUAAUGUCAUUCUUUGGUCAGUUAUUUGCUUCCAGGACCAUUUGCUUGUUUUUAAAUCAGCUUACUUAAACUUCAUGUUGUGGGGAAGUUAACGGAGCAGAGUUUCCUUCAACAUGUCAUCUGAAUGUGGGUUGCUUCGUUAGUGUGCACACCUACAGCUAGACAUUUUUUGGGGGGUUGGAGACAUUGGUUCCAUAAUCUCGUUAAAACCACUAGCUACAGGAAAAUGUUACAGUUAAGAUACUCUCCAUUGUUUUUUUUUGUA